AUGAACAACGCCAGCAAAAGAGAGGUGGACCAGAGGAGGAGACUGCAGCACUUUCUGGCUGAUUUGGCUCUGCUCGGAUCAUUGCAGGGUUUCAAAUACUUCCAACCAUGGCUCAGAGGCAAAGAGGAACUACUACUGACAGUGGUCAAUGAGGAUUUGGCCUGGCACUCCCCUGCCUACGCCGUGUCCCGGGCCUCCUCCUCCAGCAGUGACAGCAGCGACGCCUCCCCCAGCAGCAGCUCCCUCAGCCUGGCCAGCAGUGGGUGCAGCUCCCCCGUCCCUGGAGACCCCCGGCCCCCGCACCCACAGAGCCGCCGGGACGCAGUCAGAGAUUUCCACAAUGAAGAACACCUCCUCCCUGCCUCGCCCAGCGAAAGAGAGAUGGCAAUACCAGAAGUCAAUUGCACUUUGUUUUUGGUGGCUGGUUAUGUGAAAUAUGGCCGCCCCUACGCCUGGAUCCGCUCCAACCAUGAACGCCUUGUUAACAUUGGGGGCAUAGACUCCAUGGUCAAAGAUACCCCCAUGAAGCUCAAGUCCAUUACCGACUGGCAAACGCAAGGAAUCCGAGUGUGGGACGUUGUGAGCGAGCUGGUGUCUCUCUGCACUGUCCCGUCUCCGCCUAAUCCAUUUGCCCUGGACUUGCGUUACGUCCAAAGUCUUCCCCUGACUGACCGUUUUCUUGUGACUGGAGCCCUACUCAACUUUCUGGAGAAGUAUAUAGUUCAUGGGAACCGGGAUGAAUUGCACUAUAAUAAAGUGGUGGAGGAGGUGAAGCCUCUAAGGCACCUUCACGUCAGGUCUCUUCUGGAGGUGCAACAGCAGAGAGAAGGCACCAGGCUCAACACCAGUCCCACCACAGGCGGCUCAGACGACCAGGAGCCACCGCUGGGUCACAAGCUUCAUCUUCGGUGA